AGCACGAGAGAGACGUUUUCAGCGCAGUGAAAAGGUUGCGGUCAUGAUGGUGCCUCUAUAACGAAUGUAUCUAUUCGGCCGUUAUGUUAACUAGUUGUAUAUUGGAACAUAACCACGGAUAUACAAAUAUAUUAGGGUUUUGGGUAGCCGAAACGGUGGAACUGUUAGAUUGCAUGACCUUGCACUGAAUGUCAGAAUAAAAGGACCGUGUAUAGCCCUAUCUGUCGCCACGGGGACCUCAGAUACUGGCCGCAACGAUGGAGCUCGCCACGCAUCUGAUAAAUGACACCAUGAACUUAUAUAAAUGGGCCCUUACCAUCGCAGACAAGCGAGUGGAGAAAUGGCCCCUGAUGGACAACCCCCUCCCCACGCUGGCCAUCAGUUCCUCCUACCUGCUGUUCCUUUGGCUGGGUCCCAAGUUCAUGCAGAACAGAGAACCAUUCCAGCUCAAGAAGACACUCAUCCUCUACAACUUCAGCAUGGUCAUCUUCAACUUCUUCAUCUGCAAAGAGCUCUUCCUGGCGGCGCGGGCGGCCGGCUACAGCUAUAUCUGCCAGUCUGUUGACUACUCAGACGACCCCAAUGAAGUCAGGAUAGCAGCAGCGUUGUGGUGGUAUUUCAUCUCUAAAGGAGUAGAGUACCUGGACACGGUGUUCUUCAUCCUGAGGAAGAAGUUUAACCAGGUCAGCUUCCUCCACGUUUACCACCACUGCACCAUGUUCACCCUCUGGUGGAUCGGCAUCAAGUGGGUCGCUGGCGGACAGUCAUUCUUUGGUGCACACAUGAACGCAGCCAUCCAUGUCCUGAUGUACCUAUACUAUGGUCUGACCUCCUGUGGACCCAAGAUCCAGAAGUACCUGUGGUGGAAGAAGUACCUGACUGUCAUCCAGAUGAUCCAGUUCCAUGUCACCAUCGGCCACACUGCUCUGUCCCUCUACAUGGACUGUGAGUUUCCCCACUGGAUGCACUAUGCCCUUAUCUGCUACGCCCUCACCUUCAUCGCCCUGUUCGGUAACUUCUACUACCAGACGUAUCGCCGCACGCCACGGCUACCCAGGGAGCCCAAGGCCGUCAAGGCUCUGUCUAACGGGGUCUCCAACGGGUUGUCCAAGGGACUGGGGAAUGGAGUGCUGCUGGGGGGCAAGGUGGAGGAGAAGGAGAGGCCAUCAGGGAAUGGAAGGAGGAAGAGGAAGGGGUGGGCCAAGAGGGAUUAG